CUCCAAAUGUGUGCGGCUGCGGCUUGGACUGGGAUCAAUGAAUGCUGAUGGACCAUUCUGCGUUUCCCCCUAGAAGACUAUCAACCCACGCAAGUCAGCAACCAAGCGCAAGGUGCACAGCUACUGUGGGCAGUGGAUCCGACGUCAUCACAACGUUGCCAUGUUUUUGUAGGAUUAUCUAUCUUGACGAGAUGGAAACGAAAUCAUCGCCGCUUUCGGUAUAUAGGGCGACACGCGGUGUCUACUCUUCCACACGUUCAGAAUCUUGUACUACUACUACUAAGCGUUGAGCGCCCAGCUAUCGAUGCCAAAUUUUACACGCGGAUGCGGGCCGCCGCUGUUCUUGUUGACAUGCGCAUCGCUCCUUAUCUCCAGCAUCGUUUUCAUAUUUUCCAUGCUGCAUCUGGGGUAUGACUCGUUCUUCACGAUCCCAGCGGUCUAUGGGGUUACCCUCGCGUAUCAUGCGACGAUCCUUACUUUGGAGUAUCGUAAUAGCGCCCGCUUAGACCCUGCGUCGUCGACGACGAUGGGGAGUAUUGUGUGUGGGGCGGUGGUAGGGGCGAUGUGGUUGGGAGCCUUCACGACCGUUCUGUUGGUGACGGUCUUGCUUGGGACCAGGGCUAUUGAGGAGGAAACACAGGAGUUAUGGAUCCUUGUUGUACAGUGUGUUAUUGCGCCGGUGGAAGUAGCUGUCUUGCUAGCGCUUGUCUUUAGGAGCGUGCAGGAGAGACAGCAGGGGUCGUCGGAGAGUUGGAGGAAAGUUGAAGAAUGUUGAUAUUUCUUCCCAAGAAAAUAAGUAUACCGAUUCUUGUACAUUUACUUCAUUCGUUACACAUCACCGACUGGAUACCUUUCCACAGAAUACCCUUCAGUUCAAUGUCCAGGUACUAUAGAUUACAUGGGUGACGGCAGUGUCCACACAGUGAACGCCGGUUCCAGACAUUACGUACACUGAGUAAUGGCGAUCUAUACAAUGACCUACAUAACCAC